AGAAAAGUCUGAUUGCGAACAAUAAUUUUCAUUAUUGUACCCACAAUUGUUUCUGUGACGCUCUUCUUUCUUCGCUAUUAUUUGGUAAAGAGAAAAGCAAGAAAGAGUGUUAAGACUAUUCUUAGAGAAAAUUUUGGUCAUGAAAGUGUCACUUUAGAGCCAUUGCAAUUUAGUUUGGCUGUAAUUGAAGCAGCAACCAACAACUUUUCAAAUGAUAAUAGGAUCGGCAAAGGCGGGUUUGGAGAAGUUUACAAGUGGUUAUAUGUCUCCAGAAUAUGCAAUGCUUGGACAAUUUUCAGAAAAAUCAGAUGUUUUUAGUUUUGGAGUGAUGGUUCUAGAGAUUAUUUCAGGAAAAAAGAAUUCAGGCUUAUAUGAACCACAUCGUGUUGCUGAGGGCCUCCUGAGUUGUGUUUGGAGACAAUGGAGGGAUCAAAAACCGUUAAGCAUACUAGACGCAAGUAUUAAUGAAAAUUAUUCUGAAAUUGAAGUUAUUAAAUGCAUUCAAAUUGGUUUAUUAUGUGUUCAACAAAAUCCUGAUGACAGACCCACAAUGGUUGCAAUUGUUUCAUAUCUUAGUAGUCAUUUAAUUGAAUUGCCAAGUCCUCAAGAACCUGCCCUUUUCUUACAUAGUAGAAAGGAUCCUAAAGCAUUUGCACAAGAAUCAAGUUCAAGUCACAAUAUCAAUGCUUCCACUUCAUUGUCUAUUAAUGAAAUGUCUAUAAGUCAAUUUCUUCCUCGAUAGUAAAUUAUUUUCCCUUUAAGUGUUGUUGUUUAGAUCUAGUAAUGAGUAUUAGUCUUAAUUGUUGUAUCAAACUUGAAGAGCUUUAAUAUAAUGGAUAUCUAUAAUGUCAGUAUGAUUCCAAUUUUUAUGCCAAGGAUCAGUUGGUCA